UAUCGAUUGUAACUGAGGAUGUAUUAUGCUGGCGAGCUCUACCAUAUGUGAUAAAGAAGGCUCCAAAUUUAAAGACUUUUGUAAUUGAGGGUCCCGUGCACUGUAAUAAUGGCGUGGACUAUGAUUAUGAUACGUGGCAGUAUGAAGCUGUUUGUGAUUGCUUGUCGGAAUAUUCUUUCCUAUAUUCAUGGUCAGUGAAAGUACUAGAGAUAACCAAGUGCAGCGGAACUAAAGGAGAAUUGGAGCAAAUGGAACAUUUCUUAGAGAGAUUGUCAUGUCUCGAGCUUGUUAAAGUGUGUGCUGAUGAAACACACCCAAAGAAAAGGCGGCGAUUCGUCAUACUUUCGUAGUUUUGGGCCCAGUGGCAAUGUUUUGGGCCUAUCUUGUUUCACCAUACUUUCGUAGCCCAGAGUCGGGCAUUCCUGAUUUGUUUACCGAAUUAAACCAGUGGUAUCUAAACCGGAUAAAAUAGAACCAAUCACUCACACUAGAUUCGACAUCAUUUGGAGACAGCCUUCAAUGUUAAACCCUCACUUUCGUUUGCUCUUGAAAUUGGGUGUUUCGGCUUCUCCGAGAUGUUUGCUUGCAUGUCUUGUCAAACCUGAAAUUGAAAGUCUUGGACUUUCCUUCAUAUCUUGGCUUGUAUGGCCAUAGAAACCAGCGAUUAAAGCACUUUCAACUCUCGGAAGAUUUUGGGAUUAAGCGUCGUUUGUAACGAGAAGAUGGAUCGGGUCAGCACUCUACCAGACGGGGUUCUUUGUCAUAUACUGUCCUUCCUUCCCACCAAACAAGCUGCUUUGAGUUCGGUUCUCUCAAAGAGCUGGCUCAAUCUGUGGAAACUUGUCCCUAAUCUUGACAUUGAUGACUCUGAAUUUCUUCAUCCGGAAGAAGGUAAAGGGGAAAGGGACGAAAUUCGUCAGAGCUUUGUGGAUUUCGUGGACAGAGUUUUGGCUUUGCAGCGCGAUUCUCCCAUUAAGAAAUUCUCCCUCAAGUCUAUAACUUGUGUUCAUCCAGAUCAUGUGAAUCGUUGGAUAUCUACUGUGUUGCAGCGUGGUGUUUCGGAUCUUGCUCUUUUCAUUGACUUUUCUUUUGAGGAUAUCGAAGACGGUUAUAAUCUUCCUAAUGAGAUGUUCGUCAGUAGGACACUAGUUGAGUUGAAAAUAAGAAGUGAACGUUAUGUUGAUUGGUGGCGUAGAGAUGUAGGCGGUAGAGAUAGAGGCUCUGUCUUACCAAUGCUUAAGACUCUUGACAUUGACUCAGAAUUUAUUUAUUGUGGUGAGAUGGAGAGGUUUCUACCUUCUUUCCCUGUCCUUGAGAAAUUACGAAUGGCUGAUAUGGAGUGGACAGAGUCGGAUGAAACCGUGUCAAGUGCAAGCCUCAAGAAGCUAAGUAUUCAUGGCACCGGUUGUGAAGGCUUUCGAAAUCCAAAGAGCAUUUCUUUUGAUACUCCAAGUCUGCUUUCCUUUAACUAUUCUGAUUUAGUUGCGGAGGACUAUCCAUUAGUUAAUAUGAAGGCAUUAUUUGAGGCUCGAAUCAACUUUAUAGUAACUGAAAAUCAGAUCAAGCGAGUAAGAGCGCCAAACGAUGAUUCGUUAGAAGAUGAUGAGGGUGAUGUUAUUCUCCGAUUCGGCAAUGUGGUGAAGCUCAUGAAUGGCAUACAAAGUGUUCAGAAACUUUACUUAACUGCUGAUACUCUCGAGGUGCUUUCUCUGUGCUGUGAAUCGGUGCCGCUGUUUAACAACCUCAAAACAUUAGGUAUUACGAGUGAGGAGGAUCGAGGAUGGCAAGCGAUGCCAGUUAUUCUAAGGAAAUGUCCAUAUAUAGAAUUUCUUCUCGUUGAGGGUCUCUUACACUAUGUGACGGAUAAAUGUGGGGAUGCUUGUGACUGCAUUUUUCGAGAAGACAAAGGUCGUUCGCUUACAUCUUGUCCAGUGAAGAAGUUAGAGAUUCGAGGAUUUAGAGGAACAAUAAAAGAGAUGACAAUGAUAAAGCAUUUCUUGGUCUAUUUUCCGUGUCUUAAGGACAUGAACAUCUAUGUUGAAGAGAAUGAUCCUACAGAGCUCAGAUUCCCUGAAGUGUCUAAAGUUAUCAAUCAGAUAAUGGAAGAAUACAACAAGUUUUCAAGUUGCAAUGUUCAGCUCCUUGUGACUGAUUACUUGUCUGAGAAGUGGACUGCAAAAGGAAGAAUCCUCUGAAAAAACAUAACCUGCUCAAAGUUUUGCCAAAGUCCCCUUGGAAUUUGACUUCAGUUCUUUCUUUAGUUGGUUUUCAAACCAAACCAAACUAAUCCCAAAACCUUAGUUUCCUCUUCUCUUAUGUUUAACUGAAGUACUGAACUACUCACGUUUUGUUUCCUUCCAGUCUCUUCUUUUUAUGCAAUGUUUCCUGUCAUUUA